AUGGCUAUCGCAGCUUCACUUUGUGGUGAUGCAAAUGAGCUUGAGAGUACUAUCGUCGAUAUUGAGGAGAUCCAAGCACAUGGCAUUUCUGCUGCAGAUAUCGCAAAAUUGAGAUCCAACGGUAUUCAUACUGUCGGGACACUUAUUGGCACAACCAACCGAAGAUUGGUCAGAAUCAAGGGUUUCUCUGACAUAAAGGUCGAGAAGGUUAAGGAAGCUGCAAAGAAGGUAGCCGGUCCUAACGCUGGUGGGCAAUUCGUCACUGCCGCUGAGCAUGGUCACUUCCGUAAGAAGUGCAUUAGGAUCUCCACUGGUAGCAAGCAGUUGGACGCUUGUCUCAACGGUGGCUUCCAAACUAUGAGCAUUAGUGAGGUAUACGGAGAAUUCAGAUGUGGCAAGACUCAAUUGGCACAUACACUGGCUGUUAUUGCUCAACUUCCAAAGGAUAUGGGCGGAGCCGAAGGAAAGGUGGCAUACAUUGACACUGAAGGUACAUUUCGUCCAGAAAGAAUUGCGGAAAUUGCAGAGCGAUUCGGCGUCGAUCCUGAUCAAGCCCUCGAGAACAUCGUCUACGCUCGAGCGCAGAACACUGAGAUGCAACAGGAGAUGCUCGAGGGCCUUGCCCAAAAUUUUGCCACAGAUGAGUAUCGUCUUCUCAUCAUUGAUAGCAUCAUGGCACUGUUUCGCAGCGACUUCAUCGGCCGUGGUGAGCUGUCUGACCGACAGAGUGCCCUUAACUCCUUUCUUCGUAGAGCUACACAAAUGGCGGAGGAAUUCAAUCUUGUUGUCUUUAUGACCAACCAAGUCAUGUCAGAUCCGGGUGCCAGCGCCCUUUUUGCUGGAGCCGAUGGGCGCAAGCCGGCUGGAGGACAUAUUCUUGCACAUGCAUCGACAACUAGAAUUCUUCUGAGAAAGGGUCGUGGAGAAGAACGUGUUGCCAAAGUUGUAGAUUCUCCUGAUUGUCCUGAACGCGAAGCAACCUAUAUCAUUACCACUGGUGGUAUCAAUGAUCCUGAGAAGGCCUAA